GCAAGAAGAAGAUAUUGAUACCAAGAUAAGAGAUGAGCAAGAACGACUCAAUCCUAAUGCUUUACUACCAUAUGACCACACUCUUGAGAAUACUCCCUCGGGAGGGAGAGAACCUUUGGGAAGGCAUUCGACGUGUAGAGCAAUUCGGAUAGCAUGCUCAUCUUCGAUUCGGCAUCUUUCUCAAAAGAAUGAGUAG